UUGGUGUUUAUUUGUCAUGGAUGAUUUAUUUGUUGUGUUCAAAGUCGGUGUUGGAAAUAAACAUAGUUUAAAUGAUUAUUAACUUAAAUAUUGGCCUGCUAGGUCAUGUUGAUUCAGGUAAGACAACAUUAGCACGUGCAUUGAGUACCAUCGCUAGUACUGCUGCCUUUGAUAAAAACCCGCAAUCGCAAGAGCGGGGAAUCUCGCUCGAUUUGGGGUUUAGCGCUGUAAUGGUCGAACCACCCACAAGUCUGAAAUGUGUUGCUCCUGAAGUGGACCAAGUGCAGUUUACGUUUGUAGAUUGUCCUGGACACGCAAGCCUUAUUCGUACGAUCAUUGGCGGUGCACAAAUUAUUGAUUUAAUGUUGCUGGUUGUCGAUGCACAAAAGGGAAUACAAACGCAAACUGCUGAAUGUAUAGUUAUUGGUGAGCUUUUACGGCGUAAAUUAAUAAUAGUUGUGAACAAAAUCGAUUUAUUGGAGAAAUCUACGCGUGCUGCACAGUUACAAAAAUUAAAUGCAAAACUGAGAAAGACACUGGAACAGACAACAUUUGAUCCUGGGAGCAGCAUAUUCAAUGUGUCCGCUUUGGAGAGGAUCAAUGUCAAGGAACUUCUGGAACAUAUUGUUGAACAAAUUAAAAUACCUAACCGCAACAGAGAGGCAACAUUCGUAAUGUACUCAGAUCACUGCUUUUCUAUAAAAGGGCAAGGGACCAUUUGCACGGGUACUGUAAUGCAAGGCUCCAUUGCCGUCAACGAUGUUAUCGAAAUACCUUCUGUAAAGGAGCAACGCAAAGUUAAAUCUAUACAAAUGUUUCACCGACCAGUGCAAUCUGCGGCGAUGGGGGAUCGAGUAGGUAUUUGCGUGCCACAAUUUAACGCGAAGACAAUGGAGCGUGGCAUACUAACACAACCAGGCUUUUUGCACAAUGUUUACGCAGCAUGUGUUCGUUUAAAUCGAAUCCGGUUUUAUAAAUUCGCUAUACGUUCCAAAAGCAAACUGCACAUAACAAUUGGACACGAUACAGUUAUGGCGAACAUUACUUUGUUUAAGAGUAUUAAUAACAAAGCAGUUGAAGAAUUCGACUUGAAUAAUGAAUACGAAUUUAUUGAAGAGCUAGAACCAGCAACCAGUGUACAGGAGGAAGAGGUUACUUUUGCUUUACUUGAAUUUCAGACACCCAUACUUGCUGAUCCUAACGCAACGUUAAUUGCAGCCAAAUUGGAUUUGGAUGGCCAAAGCAAUUGUUGUCGCUUGGCAUUUUGGGGCCGUAUGAGUUGGUAUACAUAUUCCAACAAAUACGUUUUGGAUGAGUUGCCGAAAUUCAAAGUGUUCAAGCGAAAAUUAAAGCAGGGUUUCAUUCAACGGCUGGUGAAUGAUAAUGAAGCGAUUGUAGAAAAUUUAUUCAGUAAACAGGGUAACCGAGAUAUGUAUGUAGGGAAGAUAGUGGAAUUAUCGACAGGCGAAAAAGGACACAUCGAAAGCACCUUUGGACAAAAGUCCAAGGUGAAAGUGCAUUUUCCGAACGGCCUGAAAGUGGAAACAUUGAAUGAGUUGAAAGGCGGUCGCUUUAGUAGUUGUAAGGUUUUGCUUAAGUUUAAAAAAUAUAUUUUCAACAAGCAAAUGACUCUUGUACAAUAAAACGAAAACAAAAGAAAAAAUUAUCGGUACUAAAAUUUGUAUGCGCUAAUUUAAAAUGAAGAAGAUAACGAAAUUCAAAGAUAAAUUUUACCCAUUAUCUUGAAAACUUUUGGAUCAAAAUCGGUUGUAAAACAACCUUUCCUUUUAAAAAUUUCCACUUUCGCAAUAAAACUUAUGUAUGGCUAUAAUCAGCAUAAUUAACUCUAGUAAUUGUGAUUUGUGGUUUUCGAAAUCUUAACAUCCGGUAUCAGCCAGGUGUUACCUACUUUGUUUAGUUUUUCGUUCACUAGUUUUACAAACAGGUGAGAUGUAUGACACCACUAUUAAGGAAGUACCGAUAUACAUAGUAUGGUUAUGUAAAUUAUAAGCUCAAUUGACCAAUCUUUUGCCGGUAUAUUUUUUUAAACCGAUUUAAAAAAUGGAAUUAAUUAAAAUUCUCUGAACGAAUGAGCUUUGACUUGAGUCGGAAAAUUCUUAAUAAUUAGUUAAAAGCGAUUUGUAUAAGUCUGAGGUUGAGUUUUUGGGAUUUAUUAUUUUCGCAAAGGUCUGAGGACCAUCUCCAAAAAAUAGAAAGUAGUAAAGAAAAGAAGAAAAUAGUAAAAUGUCUGUAAUUUCCAGCCUUAACUGAUUUUCGCUCCAUUUUAAGAAUUUUCCACAUUAGCAGGUAUUACUCGAAGCUAGCAAAACACCUUACACUCCUUUCAAGAGGAAAAAAUGGGCGUAGGCCUAAAACUCUUUCUAAAAAUUUCCAGAAUUUUUAUUUGAAGUUAUUUGUCACUACAGUUUCAAAGGAAUUUCUAAUUUAAAACAGAAGUAUUAUAUUCAUAUCCCGCACUUUAAGAAGUCGCAAAGAACACUAUGCCAGACAUAGUUUACAGGGGUUCUUCUGGUCCCAUUCUGACGAAACAACACGCUUUCUGGGCCUACCGUUAGAUGAAGACGAUCGGUGACUACACAGCACUGGCAGUGUUUAGUAAACUGCAACAACAACACUAUGCCUCAAAUUUGGAAAUUAUUUGUACUCCGAAUAAUUUAUGAAACUACCUUCGCCAG